GAGCAGAGGACGCUGGUGUCGGAGGGGAAUGGGCUCCAUGGCGGGGCUGCUGCCGCCCGGAGACUGCGGGUGCGAAGGGGACGCGGAAGCAGCAGGAGCCCGGCACAGACACUGGCAGCCAGAGGAGCGGAUCCAGCAAGAACAAAGAAACCACACUGUAGAGCCUGUUAUAGAUGACUAUAAAAAGAUGGGGACUCUCUUUGGUGAACUAAACAAAAGCCUUAUCAGCAUAGGCUUCACAAGGAUGUAUUUUGGAGAACGGAUUGUGGAACCUGUAAUAGUCAUAUUCUUCUGGGUUAUGCUUUGGUUCCUUGGCUUACAAGCUCUUGGACUAGUUGCUGUUUUGUGCCUUGUCAUUAUAUACGUGCAACAGUAGAGUAUGGUGAAUGGCCUGCUGGAUAACAUAUUACAACCAUGUCACCUUUCAGUGGAUUUAUGUGUUUAAGCAAACAGUGGCAUAUUAAAGGCUGCAAUUUUCCAAAUCAUGCUACACAUUACAUUUGUGAGACUAAAAUUUACAUACUCAUUUUAAAGGAAGUCAUCAGUCCUAGCACAUAUCCAAAGGGAAUGAAAAGGAUAUGCUCUCAAUAAUGGUACUGUCCAAAGUAACUUACUCUUUCGAAGGCCUUGUCUACACAGUACGUUAGUACACAGCAAGCCAGGGUGUGAAUCUACUGUCAAAUACUAACUUGGUGUGGACAAGCCCUGAGUGAGGGUAUGUGAGCCACUGCACUCUUGAGGGCUCAGUCCUAGGUUGUCUUUUUAUUAAAUGUGGUAUAAAAACACCUCCAUCCAAAUGGGGUCAGCCUCUCUUCUAUGGUGUGGCUGAUAUUUUGAAAUGACAGGUUCUUGUGUAAUGGAAAUUCCUCUCUGUUUUGAAGAGUACAAAUAACCAUGAGUUUUAUGUUCUGUUAUUUUUACAUUGUUCUCCUGUAAGCUUUUUGAAAGCUGGACCCUGAAAUCUGUUAACUAAAUAAAAAUGUGUUCUUCCACUGGCUUGCGCGUGUGUGCACACACAUUAGUUACUGUAAUGCCAGGCCUACAUUAGAAAAGGUUUGUCAGUCUAGCUAUACUGACAUAACUAUCCCAGCUUAUACUGGCAAAAAAGCACUGUUGCCAGUAUAACUGUAUCUACCCUAAGGCUUUUGCCAAUAUAUAAUUAUGAGAGAAGAAUCACACCCCUAACGGACUCUGCUGUGCUGGCAAAGUUUCUAGCGUAGACUAGGCCUAGGUCUACUCGUGUGCUUGGCUUUGGCCAUUAAUGCCUUUUUUAAAUAUCAGAACAGUUCUCUUAAAAGAAAUAAUUUGGGGACUUUUUCAAAUUAAUAUAAAUCCCCACCCCUGCAACUACUAUUCCAGCUAAUGUGCUUGAAUACUGACCACAGCCCCUCUACACCUCAUGCACAGGAGGGUUGAAUUACUAGUAUUAAAUGUGAAUCUAUUAACUUUGAUGGUGAUUCUGGUUUACUGCAGUCUAGGCCCAGUCCUAACUUAGAUGCAAGUUUUGCUUGUACAAGCACAGCAGACCCAGGCCCUAAUGUAAGAUAUAAGCAAUUACACAAGUAAGAUAAGUAUAGAUAGAUUUCAGCUGCAGUCUUACUCAGGAAUUUUUGGUGUUUGAUUUGGAAAUAUACCAUCUAGAGAUGCAUGUUGUAAGCUGAAAUAUCAGAGAAUAAGAUAUAAUAUUGUAUAGAGUUUUAAAAUAAAUCUGUAAAAUCCACUUUGGUAAUAUAGGAUCCAAUCCUGAGAAGUGCUGAGCAGAGGAAAGGCCAGAGAAAAUCUUCACUUAAUAGGCUAAAAAUUUAGCACCUCUCAAAACAUUGUAUUUAUUUUAAAUACAGAAUUGACCCUUUCCAUAUGCAUUUUAUCAUUAUUACAUUUGUUUAAAUAAAGCAGUUUACAAUUUAAGAUAUAAGCUUUUGAAAUGCUACUUUACUUUUGUUUUUGCAAAUAUUUUUGGAUUGACGGACCUUAACCAUGUGUAGUUUUAGUUAUUUACAAACUAUGGGCUUCAUUUAAAGACCAUUGAACACAAUGAAAACAAUCUCUAUUGCCCUGAUCCUUUAGUUAAUUGGGUCCUUAGGAAUAUUGGAGUCCAUGGCCUGCACACAUUGAUCCAGUUGCAGGACCUGUGGAGCCAUUCCUUGUAAACUUUUACAACCAUUGAAACCAAUUACUGUUUGUGGUUUUAAGCACUAAGGCCCCAAUCCUGCAACAUUUCAUGUAUAUGUUUACCUCUGUAAGUAGCCCCACUGCAUUAAUGAGACUGUUUGCAUGUGAGAAGUUAAGCUCAGCUGUAAGUGUGUGUUGACUGGGCCCAGGUUAAAGAAUAUAUCAGUCUGUACAUGAGUAAAAUAAGUAUACUGAUGACAUAGGAAUACUGUACAUCAUAAAAUAUUCUCAUAUAUAUUUUACUCAAACAUUGCUGGAAAUCUGGAUUUCCAAAAGCUAAGUAUGAAUACAAUUUGAAUGUAAUGGAAGGAGCUCUGGACCCACAAGUGCCUAAGGAUAAACAUUUAAAAAUCCUUUAAAAAAUAAUAUAUACAUAGUAUGUUUGUGUAUUGUUUAUAUAUAGUUGUGGUUUUGUGUGUGUAUGUAUAUAUGGGCUGUAUUACAAAAUUUGCUUAUUUUUUACAUGUCAUGUCUUUUUCCUCCUAUACAAGUUAUUGUUCAGAGCAUUUCAUCUGAACCCUUUUGCCUUGUAGGGAAAAGGUCAAUGUCUUGUAGGAUAUUCCCUGUUGCUGAGACUGUGUGUGCACAGACUGUGUGUUGUGAUGCAGAAUACACUAAUUUCCUGAAGUGAAAGGAAACCUUCCAUUGUUUUGGAAUUUAAGGAAUAGCUGGCCAAAACUGGGGCUGCUUGAUCACAGACACAGAAAUGAAGUAGGGAAGACAGUAUAGUUAUCUGCAUAUAAUUUGUUGUCUGUGCAUAGUAAUGAUCACAAACAAUAUGCAUAUAAUCAUCCCAGUAGCUCUCCUUCCCACGCGUCAUGUAACACACAUUCAUAAAAAGGUGGUUCUUUCCUUUUGAACUAAAAUCAAGUAUAGUGUCAGCUAUGUCUGUCCUCUUUUGAAGGAUACUAUAUUCUGCCCUACAAGUCUUUCAUAUCUGCAUUUUAUGACCCUUUAAAAAAAAAAAAAAGCUCCCUCUAUUAUUGAAACUUAACGUGGAAUAGAUGGAGAUGGACAAAUCUAUCAUUUGGACGCCUCUCUCCCUCCCUUUUCCUCUUUAAACACCCCCCCCGCUUUCUGUAAUGUCCCCUACUUCAUUACUUAUAGUCUGUAUUGUAUACAGGAUUGUCCGCCUUUAAUAUCUAUAUGUUACAGCAUUUCCCUUCCCUGUUUUUCUUUGUUUUGGUUGGUUCUUUUUUUUUAUUUUUGAGGGUGAACUGGGGAAGACAUUCCAUUAUAUUGAAAAUGGCUUUAAAUGAGCAACGUAACUGAACAAAGAUGUGUAUCAAAAGAAAAUAUGUUGUAAAAUUGUGUCAAAUAUUGUGAGAAAAUGUAUGAGUACCCUUUGUAUUGCUUCUUCCACCCACCCCCAAAGUACAGUUUGAAGUCAUUGGAAGUUUUGGAUAUGCAAAGAGUGCAGAAUAGAGACCCUACUUCAGAAAUAAAGGGAGAAUGUAAAUUUUGUUUGGAUACAAGGGGUAUAGUCUCAUGCUGAAAAUCAUUAAAAUUAAUACAGGCGACUCAGUCUCUCUCUCCAGUUCUAAUUACAUAUCUAUGUAUGUUUGUAUACAGUGAUUGUAUAAAAGAAUUACAUCACCCAAAUUCUUAUUAAAUAAUGAACUGUGUAAUCCUCAUUGGUCUUUGGGGCAGAUAAUAAGAACUGUGUCUCCAAAAGAGUCUUCAGAUGCUUAAAUGUUUGAAUUACUAUGUACAGGGAGGAAACUGCACAUACAGCAAAGCUGAUGGAACCUCAUUUGUACUGAAAAUUGACAUAUUGUAACUGUCCAUAAGGGGGAAAAUGUUGUUUCCUGGAGAUAUUUGUGUGACAUAAGUCUUAUUGAAAGAACUUUGUUACUCUUUCUAAUAAAAUGUAUUCUGUCCUCACAUGAA